AGCUUUUAGCUUUCAGUGAUCACCAACACUGUUGUCCUACUUUCAAAUGUUUGAGAUAGAUGAUGAUGAUGAUACCUAGAUACCAACAUUUCUCCUGGUCAAACGCUGACAAUUACCAGUGUGAUAUGACGCUGCUUUAAAGUCGAUGUGCACGUUUGUUUCCCCGAUCUCUGCUUGCGUUGAUUAAUCUCUGAUUAACACUGUGUGAUCCUUAGAUGCUUAAGAUGUACCUAGAAUUCAUCCUCUGUCUGUGUCUGUGUGAUACAUUUUGUCUUCAGUCUGGUUCUGAUCAGGGUCCUCUGUACAGCUUGUAUAACGACCUUCUGGAGCACUACAAGCCGUAUAUCAGACCCAGGAAGAAUCCUAAUGAGACAGUAGAGGUUGUGGUUUCCUACACCAUGACAUCAGUGGAAGCCUUGGAGGAAACUACCCAAACAGUUGAUUCAUCUGGAUUCUUAACACUUCAGUGGACAGAUGAGCUGAUGACCUGGAACUCAAAUGAGUAUGGUGGUGUAAAUUAUAUAAACAUACACGUGGAGAAACUGUGGAUCCCGGACUUGAGUUUGACAAAUGGAUUCGGCGGCCUCUCUUUGAUAUUACCCAUCGGGGAAAAGGCAAGGGUAUGGAGCAAUGGAAGUGUAACGUGGUUUAGAGAUAUGAACAAACAUACAAAAUGUUCUUUAGACAUGCGACAUUUUCCUUUUGACACCCAGACAUGCAGUAUCAAUCUCAUUCAGUGGGUCACUGACAUAAGACAAGUCAAUAUGACUGCAGGUCUGGUUGAAAUUGAACCGUCAAUGUUUAAAAGAAAUGGAGAAUGGGAAAUAACUGGAAAAUCCAAGGACACCUUUAUUCAUACAUAUAGUGAGUAUAUGGUUCAGACGGAGAUUGUGUUCACGUUCGUCUUCAAGCGGAAGUAUCUGUACUACAUCAUCACCAACAUCCUUCCCGUCAUGCUUCUCUCCGUCCUUAACCUUGGUGUGUUUCUACUUCCGCCUGAAUCUGGGGAGAAGGUAUCGCUGUGUAUAUCCAUAGUGCUGUCCUACGCAGUGUUCCUGUCCGUCAUUGGAGGAAGUCUACCAGAGGUGUCAGAUACCGUCAGCAUCUUCAGUAUCUACCUCCUCGCAAUGAUGUUUGUCAAAGUAGCUACAACUUUGCUGACGGUUUUAGUGUUGAAUACUUACCAUGGAGAUUCGGAAGAACAGUGUUCCCCGCCAGAACCAAAUAACCAAUACGAUGAUACUCUUUCCAAUAGGUUAGAGAGGAGAAUAUUGAAGAAGGGGAACAAAGAGCUGGCAAAACGUUUAAACAAAAUCGGUUUCGUCGUUAUAUUCUCCUUGACAGUUUCUGUUUCCAUUGUGUGCUUUGUCCUACUAUUUACACAGUAGGUAUUUAAGGUUAUUAUUGGUUAUAUAGAGAACAUCACCUCGUGCCAUUUGAAAUCAAAUAUUUCAAGG